CCCUGUCCUUGCUUUGUACUCUUUUCCUUAAGUAUCCCAGGCGGAACUUCCGGCUCACCACGAGGCCUUCUUUCUCUGAAUUCGGCUCAAAAUUUUCCUAGGUCUGCUUCCGGUUAGAUUGGACACUCGUUAUAUAUCACCCUUUCGUACUCUGCGAGACGAGACUCUUUUUUCGUUCUUUCGUCACUAUCUCUUAUGUCGUCCUCCUCUUCGCCACCACCAUCGUAUUCGUCGAAGGAUAUGGAGGCGUGUCUUGGGAAGGAGGAGAAGGAGCAGAGUGCGACUGUCGAUCACGAGGAAAACGGCGGCCACAGUCCAUCACGAAGCUCCAAUCAUUCAUUAUAUAGCGGCGGCGACGAUAAGGAAGAGCGAAAUUCCAUCAGGUCUAGGGAGAAACGCCGUUCUCAUCGCUCGUCUCGUCACCAUCAUCAACGCGAUGACAAGUCUUCGAGUCCAAAGCCAGCUGCCAGCGUGAAGGAUUUAUCAGAGAAAGAUCUCGACCGAAUUGCUCGGAAGCACAUGCGCCGUUCACAGUUAUGUGGGCCAGAAUUCCUGGAAGAGCUCGCAAAGAAUGGGGCAGCGGAAGGCUAUGAGGAAGAUGGUCAGAAAUUCAGAGUGGUUGCUGGUUCUGAAGCUAGGUCAAUCUACAAUGAAGUUCUAAGGGAAGAUGCGGAAAGGACAAUACAUGACUUCAAACCAGAAAUUACACCCUCUGCUCAUUCGAGAGACCAUCGACAUGGCCCUGUUGUAUUCGCUUUCCCGGUACACACACCAGCAACUCUACGUGCAGGAGGCCGUAAAGUGGUUGACUAUUAUAUGACCUGGAAGGGAAAGACGGGCACGCAUCACUUGAAGGGUGAAAGGCGAAAGAAGGACUUUCUAGAACCAGAGUUCAUGAAGAUAGCACAAGGUUUAGAUGAGUAUGUCAAGAAUCGACUAUCCACGCUCUCAACGUCACCCUUGGAAGAGAAUGGAAAAGGAAAAGAUGAAUCCAACCAGCCAACAAUGCCUACCUCCCACUCCGCACCGCCCGCUCCACAGUCGAUAGACGACAGUGGACCCUUGAUCCCGCCGAGACCUCCGGGCUUGUCUGCAAGCCUACGAGAUAGCAAUCCCAGUGUAUUAUCCCUUCCUUACCUCGGUGCUACAGGUGCUCGGUCGCCAUUACUGCUAAGGGUGACAAACCCGGAUCCAGCUUCCUCUUCGGGCUCUGAUUCAAAACGUGCUUCGCUUGUCGUAGAACCUCUGACUUCCUCGGCCACGAAAAGAACUCACAAGAAGCAUGAUGAAGCUUCUAAACCCUCCGGCAAACAUACUUCGAGUCUAGAGCCCGUAGUGGAAGAUGACGAAUCGUCCAGGAAACACAGGCACAAACACCGUCGAUCUAGACGUGAAGCAAACGGUUCCUCGGAAAGCCUUUCUGGAUCGUCGACAUCUUCCAGUCGGAAGAAAAAGAGGUCCAAGGACGAAAUCUUGAUUGUUCUUCUAGAUUCGGAUCAUGAGAAGGAUAAGGUGUCGCGACUGAAGAGGAAUAACUCAGCUAGGUUACCGUCGAGGAGAACAUCUACACGAAGUUCACCUUGGAAUGCACCAGCUGCGACUUCGAACGGGGAGAUUCAUCGGUACGUCCCCGGCGUACAUGACGAGCCUGACGACGAUGAGGACAGCUCAGGAGAGGAAGGAGAACUACCUCGUAUUCCAAUGGAGUCUGCACUGAAGGCGCUCGGACUCCAUCCGCACAACAGCUCUAUGCCCAACCUCGCACAUCCUUCGCAUCCUUCUCAACAACCAACUCCUGCUUCAAUCCAGUCAUCGCUACAUGUAGCCUCUCCUUAUCGUCGGAGUACGACCCUCCCAACACCCAUGUCAAUUCAUCAAGCGCUACCUCCGACCUCCUCUCCAUACCAUCUUGGUGAAAGACCUGAAAUAUACAGCACUCCCUAUUCCUUUUCCACCCCGAAUCUCCCUCACGCGCAUUCUUCUCCCGCUUCUCCUCUUGGUGGAGCUCACGGUUCGUUAGCACCAAACACAUCAUAUGUCAUGCCGUGGGUAUCGCCUGACUACGCUUCAACUCCGAUACCAACAGUUGGAAGUCUUCCUCCAGGGGAACACCCGGCGGCCUCUGCAUCAGUUUACAGUAGCCCCUACGUUCCGCCGGUACAGGCACCGUAUCCGUAUUCAAAUGCGGGAACACCUUCGAGAGUGCCGUUGCAGAUCUACGCUUCUCCAAAUUCAGCGAUGAAUCGUACAAGCCCAUUUGUCGGUGCUAGCGGUUCUGGGGCUGGGGGUGGUAUGGUGCCCUUGCCAGCGUUAUCGGUUUACGCUCCAUCUCCUUGUAUGAGGUCUGAGGCGCAACUCUAUUAGGAACUUCCAUCACAGCGGUUAUACUUAUACUUAUUCACUUAACCAGCCUCGUUCACGUUCAAUCCUUCUUUUCUCUUCUUUCUUUCGUGGGAACCCGUUUUUAUUUCGCAUCUCGACUUGGUAAUUGGUAUUUGAUAAUAAUGAUCCUAUAUAUAAUGGGACAAAGAGACCUGAUUAUCAGCGAUUAUCAGCGAUUAUCUCCAAAAAAUGAUCUAUGCGACAGGACCAGGGUAAAUUAAAGCGGAGAUCGAAAUUUCCUGUGCACACGACGCCUUCCACCACUUUUCUCUUUACCCUUUCCCCCACAGCUUGCCUUUUCCCUUCCCUCUGUAUCCCUGCUAUAGCUUUUUUUUGUUUUGUGAGUGUCUGAGGUACUAGUCGCGUUCAAAGUUGAAACAGCUACUUUGUAAGUCUGUAAAUCGGCCCAGCUGUAAGUACUAAACAACCAAAAAAGGAAUGUGAUUAGUAAGACUGCCGCGCC